AUGAACUCAUCCCGUCCGCUUCCCGUCUGCGCCCUCACGUUUCCACCCCCAGCCUUAGCCCAUUGCCGAAGGCCCGGAAAGAUGCGGGAUCGCGUCCAGCUUCCAUCCUUUGUCCGCCGAAAACCGACUCUGCACGCCUUCAAAACGCCCCUCGACGCCAUUCUUUCCUCGGCACAAUCGACCUCCAAGGCACGAUACCUUCUUUCAUUGCCGGAAGAAUUACCCACGCUUCGGCUCAUCUCGUGUCUCUGA